GCUGAUCGUAGCAUUUUUUUAUUCAUUAGUUUACUCUUGACUUACGCUAUCCCAUCUAAAGUGCAGCUAGCACUGGGUGUUAAUGUCACCCGUGUGUACUGCGGUUCACCAUUUAAACAUACAUUGAUUUUCGAUGUAAUGCGUAAAGAACAAUAUGUUAAUAUUGGUGUGAAAAACCUAUUGUUUGUGAAGUGCAUUCAUAUUCUGUUACGAAGCUACUGUACUUGAUUUCCAAAAUAUUCUAUGUGUGACAUUUCUUGCUAGCGUUGUUAGGCACGUCCCUUUGGACAGUACUUACGUGUUCCUGUUCUAGCUAUAAAAAAAUAAAAAUAAAUUCAGCAUCGGUUUUUAAAGGACACGCCACUUUUUAUUAUCUCGGAUGUGACUCUUUACACAUGAUUCUAAACUUCAACCUUACCUAUCUCCACUUUGAAAUAUUCCUGUUUUCAACAUGUAACAUGUUUUUUUUUUUAAUUUUUUUUCUGAGAAGGAUGCGAGACAUGCGUUAUACUUGUUAAGCCGUGUGUGUGUAUUUGAAAGAUAUGUAACAUCACUAUCAUGUAGAUUUAUCUUGCUUCUAUAUUUCCAUUGUACUGGUAUAAGGCAUGUGAUAUGUGCAUACCUAUAUGUAUAUGACCCUAUAUCGUGGCCUUUAAUAAAGAAAGUCAAAAUCAGCAUUCAUUGUGUCUUCCUGUUUAAAAGAAAGUUAGUGAAUGUUCUGAAGGCUGUCCACGAAUUAUCUCUGCAGGCUUAUGCGCUUAUGGACUGUUAUAGAGUUUGGUACACAUAAUCAAUAUCUGGGUACAAGUAAAUGCUGUGAGAGGACAAACAGGCUCACAGUGCACAUAGAACCUGCAAGCACAUGAGCUAUGAUCUCCCAUGAGGCUAAAUUCCAAAGAUAUUGCUUUAGUCUUCUGCUUUACAUACUAGCAGAUUAUACCUCAAGAUAAGCAAAUGUAUAUGCAUUGCACAAGUGCUACAUCAUAUAGAAAAAUAGAUGUAGGGACAUUAUGUGGAGUAGGAAUUUUCCAAGCACCCCCCCUCCCCCCAAAUACCUGUCAAAAAAAGCCUGGAAAGCCAGCAGAUAUGUGUCACCCCCCCCCCAAUACCUGAGAUGAAAAUCCUGCUCAAAACCCUGAUGUGGAGUUUUUUUUUUUUUAUUAGUGCAAGAAAGCACUCUGCAGGUGUCCAGGGACACCAUAUUUACAAUGUUCUUCGAUGGUUUUCAUGGUGGUCGAGGGUAGGGUGCAGAAAUAUUUUCCUGCAGCUAUUGUGUGUCCACAUUGAAAUAUUAGCAAUUGCAAGAUCUGUAGCACUUCGGUUCUUUCCACAAAAUUAGAAGCAUGAUGCGUCCUUGAGGUACAGAAGACAUCAGCAAAGACCAGCAUGCUGGAUAUAAUAGGUGACUGGUUGCCUUGAACCAUGACCUGCUGGGAAGCUCACUCCACAGCCUUACCGUGUCUAUCCCUAGAACAUCACCUCUUAUCUUUCAUUUGCUUCAGUGGCAUGUUCUACUUAACUGUGGGAUGAUGUCCCAGAUGUGGCACAUUUCACUUAGAUGCUGCUUUUGCAUAACUGAUGUAAUUGUGUGACUCUGACAUUCACUGUCUCAAUAGUACAUGUGUGCGAGUAUGUGUGUAUCCUUUCCUGCAGCGUGUUGGAUGUGCACCAAUGGCCACUUGAUGUGUGCCGGUUGUUUUACCCAUCUCCUGGCAGAUGCACGCUUGCGCGACGAAACAGCAUCUUGCCCAAACUGCAGGACCAUCAUCAGCCGAGAGCUCUGCUCACGUAACCUAGCUGUUGAGAAGGCUGUCUGUGAGCUGCCCACUGAAUGCCACUUCUGCGCAAGUGAACUUCCUCGGGCGCAGAUUGAGCGCCACGAGGCAGAGUUGUGUGAAGAACGGCUCACCCAGUGCCCCUACAGUCGCAUUGGCUGCCAUUGGCGUGGCCCUUUCCACGAGCUGGAUAUUCACACCCAGCUGUGCUCGCAUCCACGCAAGUCGGGACAGGAUGUCAUGGAUGCUUUGGAACAGAUUGACCAACAGAUGCACAAGGAACAGAUGCUGUACAGUACUGUCUUUGAGCUCCUGUCCUUCGAAAAGAUCACUUUCAAUGAUCUGCAGUUCAAGCCUUAUCGUACAGACGAGUUCAUCCACAAGCUGUAUUAUGAAACAUCCCGCUUCACAGCAUUUGGCUCCCAGUGGGUCGUUAAAUCUCGCAUCAAUGACAACCAGCGUGACCCAACGCAGUCCUGUGAGCGUACACUCAGCUACCAGCUGGUACUCAAGGGGAAAGCAACCAACUCCAUGGGUAUUCACUACAUGAUUCUAAAGGGCCCGUUUGGGGAUAUGAAGUUGAAACCACGAGUCUACCAGCACGAGUUCACCGAAACAUCUUUGGAAAGUCCGUAUCAGUCACUGCCUUUGCUCGACUCUGCAGAGUGCAAUAAGCUGCUAGCUUCCAAAGCUUUCAACUUUCGCCUCAUCAUGUUUCAUGUCACAAAGUAGAUUCAUUUACCCAUAAUUUGUGUUUGUCAAGAGUUAUGUUGUUUUAGGCUCAUUAGUAGCCUAUGUUGCUGAAUAGAAGCAAUGUGCUAAAAUGCUACAUAACUUGGAAACAUAAGAAAAUUUAAGGAAGGCAAAUAAAUCACUUAUUGGUUGACAAGCUUCAGAAUAGUCACAAUACAUAUUCAAAAUGCUUGCAAACGCAGACUGUUUAUUGUAUCGUGUAUGUAGACCUGCUUGUCCAUGUUUUAUUUCUUUGUCAUCACGUAAGUUGAUAUUAAAAUAUCAGUCAUACUCUA